UUCCGGUCUGUUUUGGAGAAACGAAACUGAAAGAGUUUUUAUUUCCGUGGAUAUCAUCAGAAACAUUAAUGAUCCAUUGUGAUCAGUGGAAAUGAGUGCUGCAGGCGCAGAGACCAUGGCCUCUCCCGCAGAUGAAGCCUGGGAGAGUUUCAUUGGAGACAUCAGGCCGAGGCUGAAGGAGCUGGUGGUGGUGGAGCCGCUCCUGGAUCAUGUGCACUUCAUCGGCCCAGAGCAGAAGGAGCUCAUCCUACAGAGGGCCAGGACAGAGGGGGACCGAGCGGCCGCCGAUCUGCUCAUCGACGCGGUCAUCAGGAGGCCACAUCCCGCCGGCUGGUUCCGAGCGUUUGUGGACGCGCUGGUGAAAUCAGGCUGCGACUAUGCUGCCGACAUCAUACAGGCCGGACUCCCCGAACCUGAGGUGGAGGCAGAGAAUGAUGAGUAUGUCCGGCUCAUCCAAAUACUGUCCCCCAGUCUUGUGCAGAUGAAGACUGAUGAGGUGUGUGUGCACUGUUUGGCUGAAGGCCUGGUCACCGAAGAGGACUCCGAAAAGAUUAAAGCUGAAACAACAAGCAGAGGACCCAGGAGCGGAGCCCGUGAACUUCUGAGACGCAUCGUGAGAGGUCGACCGGGGUGGUUCUCAAAAUUUCUCCACAUCUUGCGUGAAACUGAGCAUCAGUCCCUGUAUGAGCUGACAGGAGGGUCACCUGACUGCGACAAAGAAGAGUUUAUGGACAUGACAGUAACCGAGGAUCAUCAGGAUGAAGCCACAGGAGCGAGCGCUGAAUGCGAACAACUGCCAAAAAGCCAGAAGCCUUCACAAUCAGAUGGGACUGUCCCAGAAGCAGCGGCCAGGGGCCCAGAGAGCACUGAUAUUCGUCUGCGAGAUUAUCAGAUGGAUGUUGCAAGACCUGCCCUGGAGGGGAAAAACAUCAUUAUAUGCCUCCCGACAGGAAGCGGUAAAACCCGAGUUGCAGUUUAUAUUACCAAAGAACAUCUGGACGGCAGGAGGGCCGAGGGGCAGUCGGGGAAAGUGGUCGUGCUAGUGAACAAGAUUCCUCUCGUUGAGCAGCAUUAUUCCGCAGAGUUCCUGCCUUUUCUGAAGCCCACAUAUAAAGUGGAGAGAGUCAGCGGAGACUGCCAGCUCAAAAUCUCUUUCACAGAGAUCCUGAAGAAAAAUGACGUCGUCAUUUGCACGGCCCAGAUCCUGGAAAACCACUUGGAGAGGUCUAUCACGGGAGAGGACGAGGGCGUGAAGUUAAGCGAUCUGACACUGAUCAUCAUAGAUGAGUGUCACCACACCCAGAAAGGAGAAGUCUACAACCACAUAAUGAUGCGCUACCUGAAGCAGAAGCACAAGAACGAAAAGAUGAAGAAGGAGCAGAGGGAGACCGUGCCCCUUCCUCAGAUACUUGGCCUGACUGCUUCACCCGGGGUCGGGGGAGCCAAUAAUAUGAAGAAAGCAGUGGAGCACAUUCUGCGAAUCUGUGCAAACUUGGACGCUUACAAAAUCAUGACGAGCAGCCUUGGGGACUGCAAAAAGAAUCCCAAUAAACAGACUCUAAGUGUUGAAGACAGAAUUGAGGAUCCCUUCGGUGAUGUCAUUAAGAAAAUCAUGAAUGCCAUUCAUACUCAUGCAAACCUGAGCACCAACUGUGACCUUGGUUCCCAGCGUUAUGAACAAUGGGUUGUUACAACGGAGCGAGAAGCUGCAGCAAAGGAAGAUCACAAAGUACGGGUUUGUGCAGAAUACCUGCGACAGUACAGCGAGGCCCUGAAUCUCAGCAACAUCAUCCGCAUGUGCGACGCCUUCCGUAUCCUGAAUGAAUACUACGAGAAGGAGAUACACACAAAAAUGAACCCAGAUGAGAUGCAGAUCAUACAGAUCACAGACACUGAGAGAUUCCUCUUCAAUUUGUUUAAAGAGAACAAGGAAGAGCUGCAGACUCUUGCGGGGAAUCCACAGUAUGAAAAUGACAGCCUGUCAAAGCUAAGAGGUAAAAUCCUGCAUGAGUUCAGCAGCAGGGAAGCGGCCAGGGGGAUCAUUUUCACCAAAACACGCAUCAGUGCCAUCGCUCUAAGCCACUGGAUUCAGGAAAACCCAAAGUUUGCUGACAUAGGAGUGAAAGCCUCGUAUGUCAUUGGAGGAGGAGACCAGAGUGUUGUCAAACCAAUGACCUCUGCAGAACAAAGGGACGUGUUGAAAAACUUCCACAAUGGAGAUGUCAACUUGCUGAUUGCCACCACGGUGGCAGAGGAAGGUUUGGACAUAGCGGCGUGCAAUUUUGUCAUCCGAUACGGCCUUGUGACCAAUGAGAUUUCUAUGAUUCAGGCUGAAGGUAGAGGAAGAGCUGAGGACAGCACUUACACUCUGGUCGAUGUCAAGAACUCUGGGGUUGCUGAGAAGGAGUGGGUCAAUGAGUACCGCAAGAAGAUGAUGAACAAAGCCAUUGAGAACAUCGGAUCCUUAAAUCAAGCGGACUACAAAAAACAGAUCAUAGAUUUUCAGUUUCAAGCUAUAACCGAGAAGAGGGUGAGAUUGGCAAAGAAGAAGCAGAAAAAAAUGACGAGUGAGAGUCCAUCGGACGUGAAAUUUACCUGCCGGGGCUGCAGCAAACAUGUCUGCAAUGGUGACGACAUCCAGGUCAUCGAAAGCAUGCACAGAGUCAAUGUUACUGAACAGUUUAGUGAACUUUACAUUGAGAGAGAAAACCCCUCUCCCCAAGAGCGACCUCUGGAUUUGGAGACCAAAGGCUCCAUAGCAUGCAAGAAGUGUGGGAGGGGAUGGGGUGUGAUGAUGGUGUACCAUGGCAUCGAGUGCCCCUGCCUCAACGUGCAGAACUUCGUGGUGACGCUCAACGAAAAGACGAUUUCCAACUGCACCAAGUGGAGCAAGCUGGCCGUCAGGUUUUCUGCCUUCGACUACGCUGAACAAGCGAGACAGAUGGCCAGCAGCUCUGACGAGAUGGACACUACUUGAAUUCAAGCAAUUUAGAAAUGUUGGUAUAUGAGAAAACUUCUGAAUUCUUGUAUUUUCAACUGUGCAUCACAAAGUCAGACUGUUAAAGAGAGCUACGUCUUCAUAUGAACUGGAGCUUAACAAUUUUAAGAUUUUCCUGUGUCUUUCCACAAAUCUAAUUUGCUUUUGCACGUCAAAUGUUGAUGUUCUACUAAUAGGCUGAAUUUAAAGGUGAAAUGCUGGUAUGAUCCUAAAUGUGCAUCACUGGUAGUAAAUGAACUUGGAAAAUAAAUAAAUUUCCUCUCAAA